CUUCCGGGCUGGAAACGGCACGCGUACUGCGUACUGAAUUGUCUUUACUGGAUUGAUCACACCAUCACUAAAAGUCAGUGCAUUUAACAGCGCAGUUAUAAUGAAACCUAUUCUUCUACAGGGCCAUGAAAGGUCCAUUACUCAAAUCAAAUACAACAGAGAGGGAGACCUGUUGUUUUCCGUGGCCAAGGACACGGUGGCAAACGUGUGGUACUCUGUAAAUGGAGAAAGACUUGGCACUUACAAUGGGCACACUGGUGCUGUGUGGUGUGUGGAUGUUGACUGGGACACAAAGAGUGUGUUGACGGGAUCUGCUGAUAACAGCUGCAGAUUAUGGGACUGUGAGACAGGCAAGCAGCUAGCACUGCUUCAGACCAAUUCAGCGGUCAGAACCUGUGGCUUUGACUUCAGUGGAAACAUCAUCAUGUUCUCCACCGACAAACAGAUGGGUUACCAGUGUUACCUGAACUUCUUUGACUUGCGAGACCCCCAACAGAUAGAGGACAACCAGCCCUACGUAUCUGUACCAUGCAGUGAGUCCAGGAUCACAAGUGCGAUCUGGGGGCCGCUUGGAGAGUUUGUCAUCGCCGGUCACGAAAAUGGUGAAAUCAACCAGUUUAGCGCUAAGUCUGGUGAGGUGCUGAAGAAGGUAAAGGAACACACCAAGCAAAUCAAUGACAUCCAGCCGUCUGUGGAUCUCACAAUGGCCAUCACAGCCUCCAAAGACAACACUGCCAAGCUGUUUGACUCUACGUCACUUGAACACAUAAAAACUUUCAAGACUGAGAGACCUGUAAACUCGGCCGCCAUCUCGCCCAUCAUGGACCACGUGGUGAUGGGAGGAGGACAGGAGGCCAUGGAGGUCACGACCACCUCCACAAGGAUUGGCAAGUUUGAGGCCAGGUUUUUCCAUGCAGCCUAUGAGGAGGAGUUUGGGAGGGUCAAGGGUCAUUUCGGACCUAUCAACUGUGUGGCAUUCCACCCCGAUGGGAAGAGUUACAGCAGUGGAGGAGAGGAUGGUUACGUGAGGAUUCAUUACUUUGACCCUCAGUACUUUGAUUUUGAACUGGAGGCUUAGGCCCAGUUACUGAUCCAGUACAAAAGUUCAAAUAUCGGUCAGAUCAUCGGCCCCUUGCCGUCACCAGUCCCACCUCCUGUUUUUCUACACACAGAGUUUUACAUGGAAAACACAAUGAAGAAAUACCAUAUAUUUAAUGAAUCAUAUUCCAAAUAAACUGGAUUUGAAAUAGU